AUGCUCUCAAGUCCUGUACUCUCUGCUUCAGAUAGCGAGUUUGACGAAGAGGAAAUCAUGCGUGUAGGUGCUGUUGAUGAUGCAGACUGGGAACUUGCCCGUGGUGAGAUAUCCGAAACUCCCGCCACUAUGGAUGCGGUGGCGCCGACCGAGGAUGCAGCGACUCAUGCAAGCAAGACGGCCGCGCAGAUGGCGGCUCUUUCGAAAUAUGCAGCGCGGAUUCAUGUGGAUGAUGUAUAUGAUCCCUCACGUGUAGCAGGUGGCAGCAUUGAUGCUCGUGUGCCGCGGAAAACCAACAAACUUGAGGUGAACAAGCGCAAGGACAAAGCGGACCGUGCAACGUUGCAGCAGGUGCUGGAUCCGCGCACCAUGGUCCUUCUAUCCAAAUUAAUUCGCCGCGAACUUAUCACCGAGGUGAAUGGGUGCAUCAGCACGGGAAAAGAGGCGAAUGUAUACCACGCAACGAUGCCUCCCGCGGAGGAAGGCGGGGUGCCUCGCAGCGCCGCCAUCAAAAUCUACAAGACCAGUAUUCUGGUAUUCAAAGAUCGUGAUCGGUAUGUGUCUGGUGAGUUUCGGUUCCGCCAUGGCUAUGCACGUCACAACCCACGCAAGAUGGUACGUCUUUGGGCGGAAAAGGAGAUGCGCAAUCUCAAGCGUCUUGUCCACGCGGGACUACGUGCACCUGACCCCAUCGAACUGCGCGACCAUGUCCUAGUGAUGGAGUUUUUGGGUGAUAGUCAUGGAUGGGCCAGUCCGCGCCUAAAGGAUGCCGAGGCACUGAUUUCGGCUGAUGACUGGAUGCGUUUGUACCAUGAAUUGCUUGCAACGGUUCGCUUGAUGUAUCAUCGCUGCCGUUUAGUGCAUGCGGACUUGAGCGAAUACAAUAUCUUGUUGCAUGAGGGUCACCUGUGGAUCAUUGAUGUGUCUCAGUCGGUGGAGCAUGACCAUCCUCAUGCCUUUGAUUUUUUGCGGGCGGACAUUGCUCAUAUCGACGCUUACUUUGCCAAGUAUGGUGUCCGCACCCUCGGCCUGCGCAAAACAUUCCAGUUUAUUGUGAAGGAGGCCGCGCGAUCACGCGGUGGUGGCGUGGCAGGCCUCGAGAAGCUGGAACAUGCAGAUGAACAGAUUAACGAGGCGGUCUUAGAAUUCCACCAGGCGGGUGAUCAGGAUGAGACGGAGGCAUCUCUCAUGACCGAGCUUGCGCGCUUGUCUGUCGACGACGCGGCAGAACCUGAUGGAACGACAGAGGCAGCCCCUUCACUCGUGGGCCGUCUCGUCGAGCAGCUUGACGAGGCUCGCAACAAUGAGGCAGAAGAUGCCGUGUUCCGUCAGAGCUACUUACCACGUACAUUGGACGAAAUUUACGACCCGGAGCGUGAUUCGCAGCUGCUACGCUCAGGGAAUGUGAGCAGUUUAAUCUACUCUGGCGUCACCGGUCUUGAUGAAGUGUACGAAGACAGCGCGAGCCCAGCAAUGGCAGCACCACCCUCCAGCUCUGUCGAGGGUAUGGAGUCUGCGUCAGACACGGGCAGUGACACUGGCGAGUCCAGUGGCGGCGGCAGCGAAGACAGUGAUGGUGACAGCGACGAGCCCACUUCUGACUCACUCACACCCGAGGCUGCCAAGGCCAAGGCGAAGGAGGAACGCAAGGUA